AUGGAGUCCAAGAGAAUGAGACGUGCUGCUCGACGGGAAACGAAAAGAUUGGUAGAUGAGCUGCGAGCUGCCGUGGAGGGAGGUGAAGUAGCAUCAUUCAUACAAGAUUUGAAUGACGAGUUGAAAAAGCAAUGGGACAAGCUUCAAAGUACACAGGAAGAAGUGAUGAAACAUGUCGAUGAGGCACAGGAGGAGGAAGAAGAUAAGUGGUUAGCGGGUAUUCGUAAAGAAUACUUAAAUGUUAGGAAGGAUGUAUGUAAAUCUAAGACAGGAGAUGAGGGUCAGUUAAAGAGCGAUGCUCAAAAUGUAGAUAAAGGGGUAGAUAAGGAUGUGAUCCUGGCAGGUUUGUUGAAAACACUGUCAAUACCUAAGACACAAAUAAGAGAAUUUAAUGGUGAUCCCCUCGCAUAUCAUUCGUUUAUUGCUACAUUUGGAAAUACUGUUAAUGAUAUAACUAGUUCUGUAGUUAAGUUAAACAUGUUGCUUUCCUCUUGUAGUAGGCCAGCCAGAGCUGCUAUAGAAUUUACUGUCAUGAAACCUCCUGAUGAGGGAUAUAAGGCCGCUCUUAAGAUCUUAGGUGAAAGAUUUGGUAACAAGUCUAUAGUCAGUCAAGCAUGGAUUACCAAAGCUCUUGGAUUUAUUAAUGAGCUUGACAAUCAGGCUAGUUUACGUCAAAUAAUCGACAAAUUGCCUAAGUUUCUCCAACACAGGUUUAGGAGUGAAAAUCAGAAGAUCAAAGAAUCAGGUGAAAUCGUUAAGCUGAAAGAUGUAGUCCGGUUUGUCAAGAAGGCAGCGGCUGAGGUGUCUGAUCCGGUAUUUGGUGAAAUUGAUAAGAUUAAUAAAGGGGACAAGAAGCAAGUAUUCACUUCCAAGCGAAUUCAUGUGAACCAGGCGAAUACCUCAAGUGUUAUAAAACCGAAUAAAUGCUGGUUAUGUAAAACAAAUGAGCACUGGACUGAUCAAUGCAGUAAGUUCAAAGCUUUUUCUGUUUAUAAAAGAUAUGAAUCGUGUAAGCAUAACCAUGUAUGUUUUUCUUGUCUAAAAGUUGCAGGACGCAACCAUAGACAAGAUAAUUGCAGUCGAAAGCGACAAUGCCGAGAGCCGAUUGGUGAGACGGCUGUGUGCUCCAAGUAUCAUCACAAACUUUUACAUGUUGAAGGUAAAGUAAAGGCUGGGUUUUUAGGUCUAGCAAAUUUGAGCUGCUUCAAGGAGCCCAUGCUGAGACUGAUCAAUGUAGAAGUUGACAUCAACGGUAGGACACAAGUUGCUAAUGUUUUACUCGAUAACGGUUCGCAGGGCACUUUUGUAAGAAGAGGUUUUGUGAAAGGCCUGAAAGGAAAAAAUGUUACUGCAACAAUUACAACAGUUGGUGGUGCUGAAUCCAUAAUUCAGUCAGAAAUGCUGUCAUUGAAUCUCAAUUGUCCAAAUGGUGCAGAAAAGAUAACUGCUCUGGUGAUAGAUGAUAUUACAGUAGCUAAGGAAGUGCCAAGGCUAGAUUUCAGCAAGGUCGAAAAAGCAUUUGGCUUAGAAACACCUGCACUUAAACGUAGCGGUGGAUUGGUUGACAUUUUAAUUGGAAUAAACUUUGCAAAACUACACAUUGGAAAAAUGCUGGAAAGAGACAACGAUGUGGUGCAAAAUUCGCCAUUUGGCUGGACUGUGAUGGGUGGAAGUGUAUCAACAAGCACACACGCCAGUAGAGUGAUGCAUGUAAAGAUUCAUGAAGGACUGGACUUGACAGAUUUCUUGACAACGGAGUCGCUUGGUGUAGAGGUGAAACCCUGUGGAUGUAAGACUAUGAAGAAUGCUGAUGAAGCUUUUGAAGGCAAAUUAAUAGAAGAUUCCUGCACAAAGGUUGGAAAACAAUGGCUGAUCCCCUACCCUUGGGCAAAGGAUCCAAGCAAUUUAAUGGACAACCACUAUCAAGCGAAGAGAAUGCUAAUUGGUUUAGAAAAACGAUUAAAGAAGAAUCCUGAACAAGCAAAGGCAUAUGCCAAGCAAAUGGAUGAGAGGGUGGAGAUGGGAUUUUCUAGAAAAUUAGAUGAAGAAGAGAUUGUUAAGUAUAAGGGGCCAACUCAUUACAUUCCACAUCAUUCGGUUUUAUAG